UGUACAUCAAUGUACAGGAAAGUGGACUUUGUCAACUUUCACUCUCCUCCCAGUUCAAACUCUGAUAACCCUGCUAUACGGGUGCAGAACUAAGAUAAGAUGGCUCUAGCAGGACUUCGUGUCAUUGAGUUUGCUGGCCUUGCCCCUGGACCAUUCUGUGGGAUGGUCCUCUCAGACUUUGGAGCGAAAGUCAUCAGAAUAGACAGGACUCGCAGCCGCCAAUCAAUUGACUGCCUGGCUCGUGGAAAAAAGUCUAUCCAAGUCGACGUGAAACAGAAGAAAGGCCAAGAAGUAGUUGCUAAGCUGUGUCAGACUGCUGAUGUCUUAGUGGAGCCAUUCAGACCAGGUGUGAUGGAGAGACUAAACCUAGGACCAGAUCGACUUCUCUCUGUAAAUCCACGCCUGAUUUAUGCCCGAUUAACUGGUUAUGGUCAGGUUGGACCAUUUGCUGACAAAGCAGGCCAUGACAUUAACUAUAUAGCAACUUCAGGUGUCUUGUCAACACUGGGAAGGGAAGAAGAAAAUCCCUAUGCGCCAAUCAAUCUUGUCGCUGACUUUGCUGGUGGUGGCCUCGCCUGUGCCAUGGGUAUUCUGACUGCUUUGUAUGAGAGAAGCCAUUCUGGUAAAGGCCAAGUUAUUGAUGCCAGCAUGACUGCUGGAGCUGCUUAUGUUGGUUCUUGGCUUUGGAGAUCACGAAAUCUCGAUUUUGUGUGGACCAGUGAAAAGCGUGGGACUAACCUACUUGAUGGUGGCCAACACUUCUAUGAUACUUAUAAGACGUCAGAUGGAAAGUACAUGUCUGUUGGUGCAUUGGAACCAAAGUUCUAUGCUGAUGUCCUCCAAGGUCUUGGUUUGACUAUGGACGAAGUGAGCCAGUUGGAUGACCCAAAAGCAUCAAAGCAAAAGUUUUCAAAGAUUUUCCUUACAAAGACGCAAGACGAGUGGUGUAAGAUAUUCAAUGGACUAGAUGCCUGUGUAAUGCCGGUGUUAGACAGAGACCAGGCACCAAAUCAUCCACAGAAUAAAGCAAUGGGAACGUUUGGUGUGGAUGAAAAUGGUGAAACGGAGGUUUUGCCUGCACCAAAGCUGUCACGGACACCUGGGACGGUGGCUGGGCCUGAACCAAAGGUUGGGGAACAUACAAGGGAAACAUUAAUUGAAAUAGGCUAUAGUCAAGAGGACAUUGAUAAGCUAAUCGAAAUGGGUGCUGUGGAAUGUGGUGUUUCAAAACCUAAACUGUGAUCAUAAUACUGUAAAGUAUUUGAUAGAAUAUUGUAGAAGCAGGUCUGGAACGAGCUGCAGGUGAGUUUUCAACUGACAUCAUAUGUUACAAAUGAAUAGUCUGUUCUUGUGGACUCCAUGGUCACAUAACAAUAGGCCCAAGGCCGAAUAAAAAAAGGUGUCCUAAUGCCAACACAAGGAUCAAUGUAUUCAACUAUAAUUCAAUUGCCUAUCAUUUAUUCUUGUUAUGAUUGAAGCUAUUAUUCAGUUAGGAAUGGUGUUUUUAGAUGGCAGCACUAAUUAAAGCUUCUGGUGUUGGUGAGGAUCUUUUGCGGGAAUCGAGGCAAUUUGAUAUGCCGUGAAGGUGGCUGUAUACCUCAGAUUUGUAUUAUAACAAAAGCCACCUGUUUCAGGCUCAACUAUUUUAUACAAAUGUACAAAGCUAAUGAUAUUUCAUUAAUUGUUGAA